GAAUGGUGGGUGUCGGCCGCCAUCUUAGUCUCGGUCAAAACAACUUCCUCACUCCUCUUUUAUCACCUCUGAACCAAAAUCAUCUUCAUUGAUGUCACAUUUCAUCGACUCAGAGGCAGAGGAAAGUGAGGAGGAGGAGGAAGAAUAUGAGGAAAGUGAGAAGAAAAAAUUGAAGAAGCUUAAGGCCAUACAGGACUCGUCUGAAGAGGAAGACGAAGAUGACGAAGAGAAAAUUCGGGAAGAAAAUAAAGACUUCAUCAACGACGACGAGGAAGAGGAAGACGAGGGUGGCUCUGGGUCCGACAGUGAAGGCGAAGGCAAGCGAAAACGACGGGACGAUGACGAUGAUCUUGAAGGAGACAUCCUUGAUGACGAUGAUCUUGAUCUCAUCGAAGAAAACAUUGGUGUUAAACUUGACAGAAAGAAAAAAUUUAAACGCCUGAAGACCAUCGUCGACGAAGAUUCCGAUGUGGAAGGGGAAGACGUACAGGGUCAGAUAAGAAAGGAGAUCUUUGAAGGCUCUGAUGAUGAGGAGGAGGAAGGACCUUCAGCACCUCAUCCUCCACAACAGGCUGAAACAUAUGCAUCAGAAGAGGAGGAGGAGGAGUCUGAUGGUGAAGAGAACUUCAUCGUCGACGAUGAAGGGAAGCCAAUUGCCAAACAGAAGAGGAAGGCUAUAUUUGAGGAUGAAGGACUGGAAGCUGCUCGCGAUAUCUUCGGUUGUGAUUUCGAUUAUGGGGAAUUUGAGCAGUAUGAAGACUGGGAGGAAGGAGAGGAGGAAGAGGAGGAGGAGGACGACGACUAUGAGGAGGACGAGGAAGGUGGCGAGGGCCGAGAACAUCGCCGAGGACGUAAGGAACGCAGGAAACAAAUUAAAAAGUCCAUCUACGAGGUGUUUGAGCCAAGUGAACUAGAGCGUGGCCAUCUGACUGACCAAGAUCACGAAAUCCGUAAGUUGGACAUCCCUGAGAGGUUCCAGUUACGGCAGAUACCCGUCUCUCGCACCAGAGGAGAAGGUGACGAUCGCUCCACAGACAAGGAGCUGGAUCAAGAGGCCAAGUGGAUAUAUCAUCAUGCAUUUUUCAGGCCAUAUAUAUCCAAUCAGGUUGUUAAUAUUUUAUUUCAGUGGUGUCAACUUAAGCAGCGUAAGGAAAACCUCAGAGCAAGGUUCCAGAUGAUGGGAGAAUUUCAGGGUGACCUUAUCAUGAAGGACCUUGACGCACCACUGCCAGAAAAUAUGCGCAUGCUCAAAGAAGAAGACAUUGAAAGAAUUGAAGAGAUCGAGACUUCGGAACAGUUCAACGAUUACUACAAGUUCUUCCUCUUAUAUUAUGGUAAAGAUCAGCCAGCCAUGCGUGAUCACAUGAAGACCAAGCGGAGGGAGCAGCGGACCACCACAAAAGUCACUAGGGUUGUUAAGGUUAUGCGAAAGGUAAUGAGGAAAAAGAAGAAGAAGAAGAAACACUUGAUAAUUGAAGAUGAUGAAGAUGAGGAGGAAGAGACAAAUAAUGUAGAUGGACAAGAUAAAGAUGGUGAAUCUGCAAUGGAAGUUGACAGUAACACAGAGAAGACGCAAAGCGAAGAAAAAGGUGCCAGUGAUUUGGAUAAGGAUGUCAGUGACACUGAGAAAGAUGAUGCCAAUAAAGAUGGCAGUAAAGCAGCUGAGAAAACAGCCAAUGAUGAGGAUAGCGAUGGUAACGAAGAUAACAUGGAUCGUAAUGAUGAUGAUAGCGACGACAGCGCUGGGAAAACGGCAAGCAAUGAUGCCGAUAAAGCAGCAAAUAUCGAAGCUAAAAAGGCUGGAAAUAAAGAAGGUGGUGAGGUAGAGAGUGAUAAAGUUGAUGAAGGCACUGAUGGUGAGGUAGUUAGUAGUAAAGAUGGUGAGGAGGAAGGUGAAGAUGGUGAUAAAGAUAGUGAUGAUAGGGAGACAAGUGUCACUGCUGGAGGAGAGAAGAACGAUGAUGCUGAUGCUGCUACUCUGAACGAGGACAACCAGAGACCAAUGGAAGUGGACACGGAGAAUGACAAUGCCAAUGCUAAUAAAGACAAGGAUAAACCUUCAGACAGUGAUGAUGAUGAUGAUGAGGAAGAGGAAGUGGAGACAGAGGUGGAAACGGAAAUUGAAGAGGAGGUGGAGGAAGAAAAUCAAGAACCAGAGGAAGACUCUGAGGCUUUGAAAAAGGCUGUUCGAAGGCACGAGUAUGAACUUCUACGAAAGGCCGGCAUUGAGUCGCUGACAAAGAAAUUUGGUCUGAGUCCAGAGCAGUUUGGGGAAAACCUCCGUGAUAACUACCAGCGAUUUGAUGUUGAGCAGUGUCCAGAGGACCCCAUGAAGGAUCUGAGGAGCCCCCUCUCCAAAAUGUGCAGCACUCCAGAGCGUGUUCUUGAAGCAGCUGUGAGAAUGGUCGGCUGGCAGUUGAGUUGUGAACCGUUGGUACGACGCACAGUCAGAGAGGCCUACUUUGAACGUGCCAGGAUCAGUUGCAGGCCGACCCCACAAGGGGUGAAAAUAAUUGACGAACAUCAUUCGCUAUAUUCGCUGAAAUACCUUAAGGAUAAACCAGUCACAGACCUGCAGGGUGACCAGUUUCUUCGUCUUAAAUGUGGUGUUGAAGACAAACUUAUGACAAUUAGCUUGUCAGAUACCAUUGAAGGGAACACAACCAUAAGUUACCUCGAUGAAAUGAAACAACUGUAUUAUCGGGAUGAAUUUUCCCAAGUUGUUCAAGACUGGAAUGAUCUGAGGGGUCGGGCAGUUACCUUUGCCUUCAAACGAAUUAUAGAGGAUCUUAAACGAGAGCUGUCUCAGCGUCUACUUCAGGAAGCUAAGGAUCAUGUACUAGAGCAGUGCUGUAGUAAGCUUUAUAACUGGAUUAAAAUUGCACCCUAUAAUCCUGGGGAUUUCUCCGAUGAAGAUGAGGAUGACUGGGACACUGGAAAAGGAUUUAGAGUAUUUGCUAUUUCUUUUGUUCCUGAUCUUUCCCAGGCAGCAUUUGGUUGCUGCAUAGACAUUGACGGUGACUGUUGUGAGUAUAUUCGUCUGCCGCAUUUACUCAAACGCCGUAACGCUUACAAUGAGAGAGAUGCGAUGGCUAAAGAGAGUGACAUUCGGCGCAUGCAGGAUUUUAUUAUUCGCCGCAAGCCGCACGUUAUUGCCGUAGGUGGACAGUCUCGGGAAGCUCAGAUGGUCAAGGAAGACCUGAUCCAAAUCCUCAAAGAUCUGGAAGAACAAGAACAAUUUCCCAAAAUAAAUGUUGAAAUAAUUGAUACCGACCUUGCUAACAUUUACGCGGUGUCGAAGAAGGGAGAAGCAGACUUCCUAGACUACCCUCUACUCCUACGACAGGCUGUCUCCAUUGGCCGACGAGUUCAGGACCCACUGAUUGAAUUCUCACAGCUGUGUAAUACUGACGAGGAAAUACUUAACCUAAAAUUCCACAGUUUACAGGAUCAGCUAAACCCUACCGAACUUCUUGACUCUCUCUACACCGAAUUUGUCAACCGCACAAAUGAGGUCGGAGUUGACCUAAAUCGUGCUGUAGCAUACCCUUAUACUCAGAACUUAGUCCAGUUUGUUUGUGGUCUAGGACCACGAAAGGCCAACCUUCUUAUAAAGAAUAUGAAGCAAAAUAAUCAACGUCUAGAGAACAGAAACCAGUUAGUUGUUAACUUCCACAUGGGUCCAAAGGUGUUCAUUAACUGUGCCGGAUUUAUAAAGAUUGACACCAAUGCUUUGGGUGACAGCGACAAUUAUAUAGAAGUUCUAGACUCAACGAGAAUUCAUCCGGAAGCUUACGAUUGGGCUAGAAAAAUGGCCGUCGAUGCGCUGGAAUAUGAGGACGAAGAGGGUAAACCUGCAGAGGCUCUGGAAGAAAUUCUAGAAACCCCAGAGAGACUUAGUGAGCUUGAUCUUGAAGCUUUUGCUACUGAGCUGCAAAAUCAGGGCUUCGGUAAGAAGAACACAACUUUGUAUGACAUUAGACACGAACUGAAUCAUAGAUACAGAGAUUUCAGGUUGCCUUUCAGGUCUCCUACAGCUGAAGAGGUGUUCAACAUUCUAACCAAGGAAUCACCAGAGACAUUUUACGUUGGUAAGCUUGUACAGGUUUCCGUUACUAACUUCAUCCACCGUAAACCCCGAGGCGAUCAGCUGGAUAAUGCCAAUCCCGUCAGAAAUGAAGACACUGGUCUUUGGCAGUGUCCGUUUUGUCUCAAGAACGAUUUUCCUGAGCUCAGUGAAGUGUGGAAUCACUUUGAUGCUGGAGAUUGUCCUGGUCAAGCCAUUGGAAUAAGAGUGCGAUUAGACAAUGGCAUAUCGGGUUUUAUUAGCAUCAAGAACUUGUCAGAUAAAACAGUGACAAAUCCAGCAGAGAGGGUGAGACGAGAUGGUCUCGUUCUUUGCCGUAUCAUGAAAAUCGAUCCAGAGAAGUUUUCUGUUGAGCUCACCUCCAGAACGUCAGACCUACAGGACAGAGAUAACAAAUGGAAGAUUCCGAAAGAUCCAUAUUAUGACCAUGAGGCUGAAGAGAAAGAUUUGAAUAUUGAUAAGAAGAAGAAGGAUAAAAAGAAGACACAGUAUCAGAAGCGAGUAAUUGCUCAUCCUUCCUUUAGAAAUAUUGACUACAAUGAAGCUGAAAAGGUGAUGCAACAACUGGAGCAAGGGGAAGUUAUCAUCCGACCUUCAAGUAAAGGUAUUAAUCAUCUCACAGCCACCUGGAAGGUCACUGAUGGAAUCUGCCAACAUAUCGAUAUAUUGGAACAAGACAAACAAAAUGACUUCUCUCUCGGUCAAAAGCUGUGGAUUGGGAAUGAAGAAUUUGAAGAUUUAGAUGAAAUUAUCGCUAGAUAUGUAUCGCCUAUGGCCAUGAAUGUAAGACAGAUUCUUGAAUAUAAAUACUAUAAAGAAUCCAUAAUGGGCAACAAGGAAAAAGCAGCAGAGUUUCUGAAGGAAGAGAAAAAGAAGAAUCCAAAGACAAUUCCAUAUAUAUUUUCUCCUAGGAAGGAUUUGCCAGGUAAGUUCCUCUUAUCAUAUUUACCAAGAGUUAAAGUGAUCCAUGAAUUUGUAACUGUCACUCCUGAAGGUUUUAAGUUUAGGCAGAGAAUGCAAUAUCCAAACCUAGCUGGACUUCUCAAAUGGUUUAAGCAGAAUUUCCGAAGGGCAUUGCCAGGGGCAACGCCGGGGAUGAUGUCAACACGCACACCGUACAUGGGUGGUACAACACCUAAUCUUAUGGGUGUCGAUGCCUCAACAAUCCAGAAAGUGGCUCAGAACUUGAAUCCACAUAUGCUUCAUAAUCUGUCUCAGGCUGCUACUAAUACUCCUUAUAGUGCCAAUACACCUGGAGCUUUCUCUCAGAGCUACUCAAAUUAUGCUAAUACUCCUUAUACACCUUCAGGUCAGACACCCUUUAUGACUCCUUAUGCUACUCCUGGCCCAUCCAACACUCCUCGCUACAGCGGUUCUCAGACGCCUUUAUAUGGUAGCAGUGGUAAUCGAACUCCAUCACAUCGUCCCACUACUGGACUUUUACCCCAGCCAUCUCGUUCUGGCCCUUCAGUUAGUACUCGUUCAGAACAGAUGGACUGGAAAAUGGCAGCCGCUGCUUGGGUGCAAGCCAAGGGUGGAAGUAGCGGACACGACAGUGGACGAAUGACACCACGACACCAUGACAGUGGCCGAAUGACGCCACGAUACUCCGAUUCCCGAGACACUAGAUACCCCUCUAGUCCUAGAUACCCCGAUGAUGCAUCUCGCCGCACCCCACGAUACGACGAUCGCACACCUCGCCCAUACCACGAUUAUGACAACCCCCGUGCUACCCCUCGCUCAGCUCGGUCAACGCCUAAAACUAUCCACUCUCCUGCUAACAUGAGCAUAGGAGGAGACCAAACCCCGCUCUACGAUGAAUAGUCUUACAAGUAAAUUUAUUAAGAAAAUGUUUUGCCAACCAGUGGCUUCUUCAGUCUGAUACAGAGAAGAACGGUGGACUGAUGGAGCUGCUUCAGUCUGAUACAGAGAAGAACAGUGGACUGAUGGAGCUUCCUCAGUUUGAUACAGAGAACAGUGGACUGAUGGAGCUUCUUCAGUCUGAUACAGAAAAGAGCGGUGGACUGACGGAGCUUCUUCAGUGGGAUACAGAGAAGAACGGUGGCUUGAAGAAGCCACUGGCUGCUACGAUGAAUAGUGUUACAGGUGAAUUCAUUUGUUACAAACGGGCCUGUAACUUCAUUUUUUUUCUUUAUAGUUUGUACAGGGCAAGAUUUGAAACUAUUUAAGGUUUAGAGUUUAGUACGUAUUGUAAUUUAAAGUAUGAUUCACAUUUGUAUGGGAUUUAUACAAUGACAGUCUUGUUAAUGUGUAAAAAGGUAUGUAUUGUCUGUAAUUUCAUUCAUUAUAUUUUUUUUAUUGCAUGUGAACAUCGUACACUUCAUAUUUUUUAUAACAAUUGUAUUUGAGAUAUGUGAAGUUAUCCCAUAUAGGCAAGAUGCAUUGCUACUCCCUGUUAGGUCUUGUUUAGCAUUAUGCUUGCAACUAAGAGUGUGUGUGUUGCCCGGGCUCCUGUAAAACACUACUGUGAUCUGAUCAAUAAACUAGACAACACAGA